AGCCUAGGAUUGGCUGAGUCAGUGGCAGGGUGGGGACCAGGCAGCAUAGAUGAAGCAUUUACCUGUCUAGGUAAGUCAGGAGGAGGUCAAAAGGAGAAGAAAACAGUAGGAGGCAGGGGAAGCAGCCUCUGUCUCCGUCUCUGCCCUUUGAAAUAAAAGGGUAUUUCUUUCCUGUCUUCAGCCCCCAACCCAGUGGAGGCCCGGCUUGGGACAUUGUUCACUUCCCCUCGCUUCCCCUCUGGGAGCCCCCUUUGCCACCCCUGCACCUUGUUUUGGGCGAUGCCCGAGAGGGAGCUGUGGCCAGCGGGGCCUGGCUCAGAACCCGUGACCCGUGUCGGCAGCUGUGACAGCAUGAUGAGCAGCACCUCCACCCGCUCUGGAUCUAGUGAUAGCAGCUACGACUUCCUGUCCGCUGAAGAGAAGGAGUGUCUGCUCUUCCUGGAGGAGACCAUUGGCUCGUUGGACACGGAGGCUGACAGCGGACUGUCCACUGACGAGUCUGAGCCAGCCACAACUCCCAGAGGUUUCCGAGCACUGCCCGUAACCCAGCCCACUCCCCGGGGAGGUCCAGAGGAGACCAUCACUCAGCAAGGACGAGCGCCAAGGACAGUGACUGAGUCCAGCUCAUCCCAUCCUCCUGAGCCCCAGGGCCUAGGCCUCAGGUCUGGCUCCUACAGCCUCCCCAGGAAUAUCCACAUUGCCAGAAGCCAGAACUUCAGGAAAAGCACCACCCAGGCUAACAGUCACACCCCUGGAGAACCGAGGAGGCUUGUGCCAGAGGCUGAGAAAGAACAGGUCAGCCAGAGCAACCAACCCAGUCAGGCACCUGCCAGCCCCCAGGAGGCUGCCCUUGACUUGGACGUGGUGCUCAUCCCUCCGCCAGAAGCUUUCCGGGACACCCAGCCAGAGCAGUGUAGGGAAGCCAGCCUGCCCGAGGGGCCAGGACAGCAGGGCCACGCACCCCAGCUCCACACACCAUCCAGCUCCCACGAAAGAGAGCAGACUGCUUCAGAGGCCAUGUCCCAAAAAGCCAAGGACACAGGCUCAACUGGGUACACACAACAAUCCCGGCCUCCUCCUACAGUGUUGCCUCAGAAAGCAGGAGCUGAAGAUGUUCCCCUCCCAUCAGGGGAGGACCCAAACAGCCGACUAGCUCCUCUCACAACCCCUAAGCCCCGGAAGCUGCCACCUAAUAUUGUUCUGAAGAGCAGCCGAAGCAGUUUCCACAGUGAUCCCCAGCACUGGCUGUCCCGCCACACCGAGGCUGCCCCUGGAGAUUCUGGCCUGGUCUCCUCUUCACUGCAGGAGCAGAGAAAAGCACGUAGAGAAGCUCUGGAGAAGCUGGGGCUACCCCAGGAUCAAGAUGAGCCUGGACUCCACUUCAGUAAGCCCACCAGCUCCAUCAGACCCAAGGAGACACGUGCCCAGCGUCCGUCCCCAGCUCCAGAUCUGGCUCAGCCUGCAGCUCCAGCCCAGGCCUCAGCAGCUAUUCCUGCUGCUGGGAAGGCUCUGGCUCAAGCUCCGGCUCCAGUUCCAGGUCAAGCUCAGGGACCUUUGACAAUGAAGUCUCCAGCUCCAGGCAAUGUCGCAGCUACCAAAACUAUGCCAAUUCCUAUCCCUAAGGCCCCAAGGGCAAACAGUCCCCUGACUCCACCAAAGUCAGACUCAGGGCUGACUCCGCCAAAGCCAGAGUCAGGGCUGACUCUCCAGGAGAGCAACACCCCUGGCCUGAGACAGAUGAACUUCAAGUCCAACACUCUGGAGCGCUCAGGCGUGGGACUAAGCAACUACCUUUCAGCUGAGAAAGACGCCAGCCCCAAAACCAGCACUUCUCUGGGAAAGGGCUCCUUCUUGGACAAGAUCUCGCCCAGCGUCUUGCGUAAUUCUCGGCCCCGCCCAGCCUCCUUGGGCACGGGGAAAGACUUUGCAGGUAUCCAGGUAGGCAAGCUGGCUGACCUGGAGCAGGAGCAGAGCUCCAAGCACCUGUCCUACCAAGGACAGAGCCGUGACAAACUUCCUCGGCCCCCAUGUGUCAGUGUCAAGAUCUCCCCAAAAGGUGUCCCCAGUGAACACAGAAGGGAGGCCCUGAAGAAGCUGGGACUGUUGAAGGAGUAGACUCUGCCACCAGUGCGGACUUUGUCCUGGCUGAACAGGAAGAGACACAUGCUCCACUUGGCAGCCUUUGCCACCGCACAACUGAGGGCUCAAGAUGAACGGGAGGGAGAGAUUUGAGUCCAAGCAUACAUUUAUAUUCAGAGUGUUGUGCCGCUGAGUGCCCACAUGGAUCAUUCCGAAGGUGAUCUCCACAAGAGGGGGUGUGUGCAUGUGUGUUUGGUGUGUAGGGGGGGUGCUGGAUAUAUCACUGAAGCUAUUUAUAUAACACAAUGAGUCACUGUUCAGGAUUUUGCUCUUGUCAGAGGUUUUCUUACAUUGGGUAGAGUCCAGCCUAGCCAGAGCUGAGUGAAGGGGCUGGCCAUGCCUGAGAAGAAAAGUCAAAUGAGACAAUGGACAUGUCCAUGACUUGAAAAAAAGUUACAUCCAGCAAAUACAGGGUCAUGUGAAAUAUGGGCCUCCUGGAAUCCCUACAGUGGAUGGAGACUGGCUCAUACCUUGCCAGAUCCCUCUCUCAGUUCCAGCCUUCUGGACAAGGCCUGGGCUAAGCAGAGCUGAUUUGUUAUCUCUUCACCCACUGCCCUCUCAGUAUCACCAGUCUCAAAGACAGGGUACAUCCCUGUAACCCAACCUCUCGGUUGACUGAUAGCAGAACAGCUCUUUUUGGUCUGAGAAGGCAGGAUAAGUGACCACGUAUUUAUGCCACUACCUCCACCAGGGAGAGUCCUUCUCCACAGGCUUGAUAAAUUCAAUCACUAACUGUGCUGUGGUCCCUGACUCUGCUACUCCUGUUCUUCCUGCUUUCCUGCUCCCUAUCUCAGUCUGCACUGACCCCAGGGCUGGGCUGACAUCAAGGUGGGAGCCCAGCCCAUGGGCUUUAUAAACACCCAAGAACCGUUUCAGAUCUUCUCUGUGCUGAUGCAGGUAGUUUUAAAUUUUUCUCAGUUCCAGUGAUAGAAAACCCACACAAUACAUCCUCUGCCAGUCUUAAUAGAAUAUCAGAGGUCAGAGGGGCCUCAGAGAAGUUCUGACCCAGUGCUGCUGGGGAAGGGAAGUGACUCACCCUGGGUCAGCCUGCCAUUUGGGGAAAGAGCUGAGGUUCUUACCCUCGUUGCAUGCUGCCACCUCUCCUUAGUCAGUACUCUUGUACAUCCACACAGCACCCUCAGGACCCAUAGUCACCAUCAAAGACUCAACCCUAAGGCCCUUCAAGAUCUCAAAGUGUCUUCUGAAGCAUCAGAGAUUAAAUAUUGUUCAAACUAA